UUUUGGCUGGCCAAUAUUCAUUAGAAUAUUGCCUACUAAGAUUCAUACGGGCUUCAUUCAAUUCGUCUUUGAUCAAGCUCGAGAAAUUGCAAACAACUAUAUAUAGGAGAAAAACAAAUAUUAUUGGUGUUGACGACAUGAACAUGUUCAAAGGCGUGUUACUCUUCCUCACUGGUCAGGUUGAUGAUCGAACCAUCCAAAAAUAUGAGAAAGAAGCUGAGGACAAAAACCGAUGUUCACUCUUCCCUGCAAACGAAACGGAACCUUUGAAGUGCAGUGCAGUGCUGUGUGCAGUAUCUAUCUACCUCCCUCCCUCCCUCCCUCCCUCCCUCAGAAAGAAUCUUAACUAUCCAUGGAUAUUGAGGAGGACAUUCGUUCUUUACAGCUUGACUCAGCAGAAGAUAUUAAUGGGGUGGUAAAUCCAGAGCAUGAAAUGCCAGAUGUUGAUGAGAUGGAUGAAGAUCCAAAGGAGGAGGUUCAGGCUCAGGCUGUUGAGGCCGGGCCAAAAGCGAAAGAUAAGGAAAUUCCUUCUGUUCAAGAUGAAGAAGUCGAGCAAACGGAGAAAAGACACUUGAAUGUUGUGUUUAUUGGGCAUGUUGAUGCUGGCAAGUCUACAACUGGAGGCCAGAUACUUUUCCUCAGUGGUCAGGUUGAUGAUCGAACUAUCCAAAAAUACGAGAAAGAAGCUAAGGACAAAAGUCGAGAAAGCUGGUACAUGGCUUAUAUUAUGGACACAAAUGAGGAGGAGAGAGUAAAGGGGAAGACUGUUGAAGUUGGAAGAGCACAUUUUGAGACAGAGACAACAAGGUUCACCAUUUUGGACGCACCUGGCCACAAGAGCUAUGUUCCUAAUAUGAUCAGUGGUGCAUCUCAAGCUGAUAUUGGAGUGUUGGUAAUUUCUGCUCGGAAGGGAGAGUUUGAAACUGGAUAUGAGAGAGGUGGACAAACUCGUGAACAUGUCCAGCUUGCAAAAACAUUGGGUGUGACUAAGCUGCUUGUGGUUGUCAAUAAAAUGGAUGAUCCUACAGUAAAUUGGUCCAAAGAAAGGUAUGAUGAGAUCGAGUCAAAGAUGAUUCCAUUUCUAAAGCAAUCAGGAUACAAUGUAAAAAAAGAUGUCUUGUUUUUACCAAUAUCGGGGCUCAUGGGUUCAAACUUAAAAACAAGAAUGGAUAGAAGCAUUUGUUCAUGGUGGGAUGGGCCUUGCUUAUUUGAAGCCCUUGAUAGUAUCGAAGUUCCUAUGGGAGACCCCAAAAGACCUUUCAGGAUGCCUAUAAUUGACAAAUUCAAAGACAUGGGAACUGUUGUUAUGGGCAAAGUUGAAUCUGGUACUAUUCGGGAGGGAGAUUCCCUUUUCAUCAUGCCAAAUAAGGAUCAAGUAAAAGUUGUUGCUAUAUAUAUUGAUGAAAAUCGGGUUAAACGCGCUGGACCUGGUGAAAAUUUACGCGUUCGAUUAUCUGGUGUUGAAGAAGAAGACAUAUUGACUGGGUUUGUCUUGUCUAGUGUUGCAAAUCCAAUAUCAGCAGUUACUGAGUUUGUUGCUCAGUUGGCAAUCCUUGAAUUACUAGACAACGCUAUUUUUACUGCUGGAUACAAAGCUGUUCUGCACAUCCACUCUGUAGUUGAGGAAUGUGAGAUUGUUGAGCUAUUACAACAAAUUGAUCCAAAGACAAAGAAGCCCAUGAAAAAGAAAGUUCUAUUUGUAAAGAAUGGUGCUGUUGUAUUAUGUCGUGUUCAGGUUAGUAACAUGAUAUGCGUUGAGAAGUUCUCCGAUUUUCCACAACUAGGGAGGUUCACUCUUCGCACUGAAGGAAAAACUAUUGCUGUGGGAAAAGUCACUGCUCUGUGAGUUUGUAAUUUUUUUGACUUGAGAUUGGCAUUUCUGCAGAGACAGAUGGAGUGGCAGCGUUGGGGCAUAAUUGACAGCAUGGAGUCUGCCAUACAUCCAUUUCAUUUCGGAAAUUAGGUUGCAUUUUCUUGGGGUAGUCCUCAAUGGAGAGUUAGUUGUUGCAGCUGGUGCCCAUGUACUUGUAUGCGUCCGUACAAGACCUGUUGCUUCAGUAUUAUACGGUUGGCGUCUUCCAGCCAUACUACAUGUGAUAUAUAAUUGAAAUGGAUUGUUUUGAAUCAAUCCACCUAAGAUUAGUUGUGGUAUCUGAUGACUUAUAUUUUAGAAUAACUACAAUGGAACAAACUUUGAUGUUGAUAAAUGAUUUAUUUUUACUAUAAUUACCGAGUAUACCUGAUGGAGUUUUGUGGAGUUGGAAA